AUGCCUUUGCGCCGCUCAAGUCAUUCCGAAGUCGCGUCAGGAGAAGCGCCGUACUUCAAGUCUCUGGCUGAUCUAGACGACUACGCUUCCACUGGCAGUCAUGCAUUUACCAAGAGAUUAACCGGAGUGCUUAGAUAUACUCCGAGGGGGAAAGUACAAGGUGUUGCGGAUGAUGGCCGAGGUCAGCUUCUGGUGAUGCACCUUUUCCUCGGAGGAUACACGGAGAAGCCCUCCGCUUUGGCGUACACGUUCAACUUUUGGUCCCUCUGCUCGACGUUCAUCUACUUCUCACAUCACAGAGUGACCAUACCGCCUCCCGGAUGGAUCAACACGGCUCAUCGUCAGGGUGUCAAAAUGCUCGGCACUUUAAUAUUCGAAGGAGAUAGUGAACAAGACUGCCUACGACUCCUUGUGGGUCGUCUUCCUCAAUCGUCCACGGGACCAGCGGUGGCUUGCCAGGAUAAUUCAUUUCCUGUGUCUAAGCACUAUGUACGCUUGCUUGCGGACCUCGCGGUCCAGAGAGGCUUCGACGGGUACCUCCUGAAUUUUGAAUGUCCACUCAGGGGAGGUACCGAACAAACGCAGGCGUUGUGUACCUGGAUUGCAAUGCUGCAGAACGAACUGAGGUGCAAAGUUGGGCCUCAUACAGAAGUCAUAUGGUAUGACAGCGUGGUCUUAACGGGUCACCUUCGCUGGCAAGACAGACUCAAUGCUCUGAACCUGCCCUUCUUUCUGCCAUCAACAGGAUUUUUCACAAACUAUACCUGGCCGCCCCAUUACCCAUCUCUCACCGCUCGAUACUUCCUCAGCCUCGAUCGCUCGUUGAUCGAGGCAGACAGCAGCGUCCGUCCCCCGACAGCAUCCAAGUCUCUGCAGAGUAUCUUCGUAGGUGUUGACGUAUGGGGCCGGGGCUCUCACGGCGGAGGAGGGCUUGGUUGCUACAGAGCUAUUUGCCACAUCGACCCGGCCUUUCUAGGGCUCAGUGUUGCCCUGUUUGGACAAGCCUGGACGUGGGAGAGCGAACAAGACAAACCUGGGUGGAGCUGGGAUGAAUGGUGGGCAUAUGAACGCAAGCUCUGGGUAGGGCCCGAGAAGGAGGGCGAGGUGGUGGAAGUCCCACCGGAGAAGGAGAAAGAAUACCCCCCAGGCGUACCGAGGCCGCCUGAGCCAGUUUAUGGCCCGUUCCAACCUCUUUCCGAUUUCUUCGCAAGAAGGCCUCCUCCUAACCCGCUUGACCUGCCGUUCUAUACGUCUUUCAGUCCGGGAGUGGGGAGAUCCUGGUUCGUGCAGGGUAACAAGGUCUUGCAGACAGAGAAUGGGUGGACAGACAUCGAUAAACAGUGCUCCCUAGGCGACAUGCUCUGGCCUCGACCGACACUGUCUUGGGAGCACGUUGAUCUCGGGCUGGAAGUGAAGCUACCUGAAGCAAGAGCUGUGGUGUCUAUGGAGGAUGCGUGGAUGGGCGGAAGCUCCUUGAUACUCGAGGUCACAUGUGCUGGGUCAGAGUCCGAAGAUGCUGCCUUCCGCUGUGUGUGGAUGCCCUUUCAGUCUCUGGCCAUUACAGCGAGGAAGUCGUACCGAGCUACUCUAGUAUACAAGGUGGACGCCGUGGAAGGAGUCGAUGUGGACAUAGGGGUAUCCGUCAAAACUCUUACCGAGAAUAUCGAGGCGACAUUCGAAGUCACGCCCAUAUCUUCUCAACAACCUUUGACAAACGGAUGGACCCAGAUCGACGUGGAAUUUAUGCUCACUGAAGAGCGGACUCAGGACAAGGACAUAUCGUCUUAUCUAGGUUUGAUUAUUGGCAUCGCCUCCGAAGACCCUUCGCAAGAUCUGAAAGUCCCCAUCUAUCUCGGCUCGUUGACAAUUGCGCCGCCUCAGUCCCCUGAUAACUUGCGUCGCAUGGCGAAGGUCCUGUGGGCAGACUUCGAGCGUACCCAAGGACCCGACAACGCGCCGCUCUCCGGUACGCUCACUUGGGAGGUUGCCGCUGCUUUCCCUCCUGUUCGAAGUAUUACCAUCACCUCGCCUGAAGACCCACAGCCUGCAUGGAUCAUGAACAACGCGCACAGCUGGAUCCCGAGCUUCCUGUAUUUCAACAUAUACGUCGAGGCUCACAAGCCGGAUGGCACCGUCGUAGGUCCGGCGUCGUCGAUAUUCAUAGGAACCAGUGGGCUGGAUGGUCGAGCACGUCACUUCUAUGUCAAUCAUAGCAUAUUGGAAGGUAUCUCCCAGGGUCAGGAGUCCUCCCUCCGAUUUUAUGUACAAGGGGUCACUGUGGCAGGGGAAGUACUACCCUGGGAGCAGUGCGCUUUCGUCAACGUGAAUACGUGA